CUUAAGUCAGUUAACGUACGUCGUCGAGUAAAGAUAUAUCGCUCCGUUCUGUUGUUUUGAAAAGUGUUUUCGUGUGCGGAAAAUAGUAAAUAAAUAAAAAAAUAUAUAAUUUGUUUUUCUAACGUCGCAUAACGGGAGUGUUAGGAGCCUCGUAUCUAUCAUUAUCAGCUACACAUAAAUGUCUUAAAAUAAACGUACAACCAGACGACAGACAGAAUGGCACAAAGCAAAGUUACAAUUGAGGCUGCGGAAAAUGCUCCAGUAUAUAAAGAAACUACAAAACCGAAGAAAAAGAGGUCAAAGAGACGCGACAAAAGCGAUUUAGGACCCAAUUUCAUAGCUCCCGAUGGCGGAUGGGGCUGGGUGGUGUGCAUUGCUUCCGGUUUAAGUAAUCUCUCACUGUUUCCGCCGAUGCAACAAUACGGCCUCGUUUACAGACAGCGAAUGGACAAGUUUGGCUUCGAUGCCAAGCAAAUCACCACAAUCGUGAAUGCGAUGAUGGCUCUCGCUUCGUUGAUCGGUUUAGUGAAUGGUGCCAUGUUCCGGAGAUUCUCGUUUCGGCAGGUGGCUUUGGUGGGAAGUGUUAUGGCCUUUACGGGGCUAUUUCUGUCGGCAUUCUGUGAAACGUUCGUCCAAUAUAUCAUUUGCUUGUCCACGAUUUAUGGUAUCGGAAUGGGCCUGUGCAUGGCCUCAAAUGCGCUGGCUGUGAACACGUAUUUCAAAAACAAACGCAGAAAGGCCACCGGAUUUACAUGGACUCUGACGGGUCUGGGCCCCAUAGUCUUCCCUCAUAUUUCAAUGCUGUUGUUGGCCUACUAUGGACCCCAAGGCACGAUAUUGAUCUAUGCAGCCAUUGCCCUGAAUGCCUUCUUAUGUGCCUUGACUUUGCAACCAGUCCAGUGGCAUGCCCCCCAACCGGAACAAGAAAAGUCUGCGGAUGCCAACAAUGAAAUCGAUUCAUUCGAAUGCGACUACUGCCAAAGUCAAAAGAAGGAAAAACGCGGAAUUUUCUCUACGGAGUACACGUUCAACGACGAUGAUCCCCAAACACCUGGAUAUGAAAUUAUAGAACCCGGCACCCCAAUGAUUGCUCGAGCUAAUGACGGUUGGUUUGGAUCGAAACUGUCGCUGACAACGGCGCCUCGCUACCGAUCAACAAGGUUGUUGAAACAAUUAUCCAAACAGGAAAGCAUUGAAGAAAGCCACGAACCAGAUCAGAACAGUUAUUUCUCUCAGAGCAAUCAUUUCCAUCGCGAGAGAAAGGAGUUCCAGCGUCAAAUUAGCCGAAUCAGCGUGAAAUCCAAAACGGAUUCGGCCCACUGUACCUGUGCCGAGGAGAGAGCUCUUUUGCAAAAAAUCAACGAAGAUGCCAAGCGCCAAGAAGAGGCCCGAUUACAGGCCCUAAUAGAGGAGGAGGAGCUGCGAAAAAGUCGCAUGACAUUUUGGCAAAAAAUUGUUGUAUUUUUCGACUUGGAUCUGCUGAGAGACUUCACAUUUAUAAAUCUUGUCGUGGGCAUGACCAUCAUGACAUUUGGAGAAAUGAAUUUCGGAGUUCUGACACCGUUCAUCCUGAACAGCUUCGGCUACAAUGACUCCCAGAUAUCCAUAGCCAUGUCUGUGAUGGCGGGAAUUGACAUUUCGGUGCGUUUCCUGGGACCAUUUGCCUUGGAGAAGGUUAACCUCGGCAAUCGGGUCUUGUUCGCCAUUGGUAUCAUAGCCAUUUCGAUUGGACGAAUGGCCGUGACAUUUACCGACUCCUACAACGUUGUCUUGGCUCUGUUCAUGUUGAUCGGUUUUGGCAAGGGCUUGCGCACUAUUUUCUCACCGCUUAUCAUUCCCAGCUAUGUGCCACUGAAGAGAUUGCCGGCAGCAACGGGUCUACAGUUGAUAUUCAACUCGAUCGUCUCGUUCUCUUUGGGACCAGUGUUGGGCACCGUCACCGACAAGUUUGGCUACAAGACAACCAUUCAUUUUAUAAACGUGCUGACGGGUGUGACAUUACUUUUCUGGCUAAUCGAAUCGCUGGUCAGGCAAAUGCUGAAGAAAAAGGCCACAGGAAUGGCGGCAAGUGAUUCGUAAAUUAUUGGCAUUUAAUAAAAAAAUUAAUUAUUUUCUCU